ACCAACAAACAAUCACCUUUGUACGCUUCUUCAGUCUUUUAACCCCAAAAUCAUACUUUUCUUGAGAUUUUCUUUCAUUUUCCCGAAAAAUUUCAUUCUUUUCCUCUUUCCAAUUUGACCAAUCUCGUUUAUUUUCUUUCUUUUUUCCAUGGUGAACUUCAUUUUCGAAGUUUAAACUGCUUUAAAUUAAGUGAAAAGAAUCGUUUUUUAAAAUUUAAUUUUGAUUAAAAUCUCCUUCUGAAAGAUCGGCUGGAGCUUUCGAAGUGUUGGGUAGUAUCGUUUUUUUCCCCCGGUUUUAAUUGGGUCUUUAGGAUUUUCUUCUGAAGGGGUGGCCGGGGCCUCGGCCUCGGCGGGUUUUGAUAACCCCCAUUUUUUUAAAACUAAUCACAUUUUAAAUCUUUUUUAGUUUUUUACGUAGUCUCGAAUUUUGAAAUGGGGAUGCCGACCUUGGCUUACCGUGUAGAUUCCGCCGUACCGCCACCUGGCUACUCAACUUUCAUUGUCGAGGAAAGCUCCAUUGCCACAACGGUCUCUUUUUCUUCCUUCACCACCACCAGCGCCGCCGCCGUCGACUCUACUAAUUCCAACUCAACCCAUUGGUCCCCUGCUCAUUCCUCUACUCUCUACCGUAUCGACAACUGGGGCGCUCCUUACUUUGCCGUUAAUGACUCUGGCAACAUCACCGUCCGUCCUCAUGGUUCGAGCACUCUAUCCCACCAAGAAAUCGACUUAUUGAAAGUCGUUAAGAAAGCUUCGGACCCGAAAUCGGUAGGCGGACUCGGGUUACAGAUGCCACUCAUCGUUCGGUUCCCAGAUAUGUUGAAAAAUCGACUUGAGUCACUUCAAUCGGCUUUUGUAUCAGCAAUUCAAACCCAAGGUUAUGAGUCUCGUUACCAAGGCGUUUAUCCCGUGAAAUGUAACCAAGACCGGUUCGUUGUUGAAGAUAUAGUCAAAUUCGGGACACCUUUCCGGUUCGGUUUAGAAGCCGGGUCAAAACCCGAACUCCUCCUUGCUAUGUCUUGCCUUUGUAAAGGAAACCCAGAAGCUUUAUUGAUCUGUAAUGGUUUCAAAGAUGCUGAAUACAUUUCACUUGCUUUACUUGCAAGGAAGUUCCACUUCAACACAGUGAUCGUACUUGAGCAAGAAGAGGAAGUGAAAUUGGUUAUUGACAUAAGCAAAAAGCUUUCGGUUCGACCAGUGAUCGGACUUCGAGCUAAGCUAAGAACCAAACACUCGGGUCAUUUCGGGUCAACGUCGGGUGAGAAAGGGAAAUUUGGGUUAACAACGAACCAUAUUUUACGGGUCGUUAAAGACUUACAUGAUUCAGACAUGCUUGAUUGUUUACAAUUAUUACACUUCCACAUCGGUUCUCAAAUCCCUUCCACGACUUUACUUCAAGAUGGUGUUUCCGAAGCUGCACAAAUUUAUUCGGAAUUAACCCGACUCGGCGCUGACAUGAAGGUUAUCGAUAUCGGAGGUGGUCUCGGGAUCGAUUACGACGGUUCAAAAUCUGGUAAUUCAGAUCUUUCUGUAUCGUAUAGUCUCGAGGAAUAUGCUUCGGCUGUUGUGAAUGCGAUUCGGGUUGUUUGUGAUCGUAAAUCGGUCAAACAUCCGAUUAUUUGUAGCGAAAGUGGGAGAGCUAUUGUUUCCCAUCAUUCGGUUUUGAUAUUCGAGGCCAUGUCUACAACUGAUACGGCACCAUCGAUGAACCAAAUUAACCUUCCUUUUAUCGAGCUGCCCGAGGAUGCUCGUAGUGACUAUUGGAACAUGAGUGAUGCAGUAAUGAGACAUGACAAUGAGACAUGUUUGUUUUAUGCUGAUCAGUUGAAACAAAGAUGUGUCGAACAAUUUAAAGAAGGGAGUUUGGGGAUCGAACAGUUAGCUGCUGUCGAUGGGUUAUUCGAUUUGGUUACGAAAAUUAUUGUUGGAACUGAACCUGUCAGGACAUACCUCGUAAACCUUUCAAUUUUCACUUCGAUCCCGGAUUUUUGGAGUAUUGGUCAAAUUUUUCCUAUCGUCCCCAUUCAUCGUUUGGAUCAAAAGCCAGAAGUGAAGGCUAUUUUGUCGGAUUUAACUUGCGAUAGUGAUGGGAAGAUCGAUAAGUUCAUUGGAGGUGAAGCCAACCUGCCUUUACACAAGCCGGGUAAUGGCCAGUACUAUUUAGGGAUGUUCUUGGGCGGGGCUUAUCAAGAAGCUCUCGGCGGUGUCCACAACCUAUUCGGCAGUCCGAGUGUUGUUACUGUCUUGCAAAGUGACGGUCCACAUAGCUUCGCAAUAACACAUGCAAUGUCCGGCCCAUCAUGCGCGGACGUCCUUCGAGUCAUGCAACACGAACCCAAACUCAUGUUCGAAAACCUUAAGCACCGUGCCGAAGAAUUUUGCGGCAUUGAUGCUGGUAGUUGUUUAGCUAGCACGGUUGCUCGUUCUUUCCACAACAUGCCUUAUCUCGAACCAAGAUCUUCGUGUUCGUUGACCGCCAUGAAUAACGGUGGCUUUUAUUAUUGUAACAAGGAAGAUUAUUAUGCGGGUUCAGAAACUGGGGCUAAUGAGGACGAGCACUGGUCCUAUUGCUUCGCUUGAGGCAACAGUUGUUUCACUAAUUACUUUGUUGUAUGUGUUUUAAUGUCUUGUCGUUUUUAAUUAUGUAUUCCCAUUUUAUUGUCUUUGUUUUAUUGUUUCUUUGAUGAAGACUUAUCUCAGUUUUAGCUUAAGAUUUUA